GGCAAGUUGUUUACGUUUUUCGCACACGUGCUGACGCAUCUAUUAGUAAUAUUAUCGUUCUUUAAGAUUAUUAAACGUAUUUAAUAAGUGAACAAGUAUUAAUCCAAUGAGUUCCAGCAAAAUCCCACCGCUCACCUACAAAGUGGUGGCCGAAUGCAGCGUUUCUAAAGCGCGCGCCGGUCUCAUGACGUUGAGGCACAGCGAGGUGCGCACUCCAGUAUUUAUGCCCGUGGGCACGCAGGGCACCCUCAAGGGCAUACUGCCCGAUCAGUUGAUUGAGCUCGAUUGUCAAAUCCUACUCGGCAACACUUAUCAUUUGGGACUUCGACCGGGCAUCGAGACGCUACAAAAAGCAGGAGGGUUACACAAUUUUAUGGGCUGGCCACGCGCAAUACUCACGGAUUCGGGUGGCUUUCAGAUGGUCUCGCUGCUGCAGCUCGCGGAAAUCGAUGAGCGUGGCGUCAACUUUCGUUCGCCCUUUGAUCAAAGUGAAUGUAUGUUAACGCCCGAGCAUUCGAUGCAAAUUCAGAAUGCCAUUGGAGCGGACAUCAUGAUGCAGCUGGACGAUGUCGUGAAGACCACAACAACGGGGCCACGUGUCGAGGAGGCUAUGGAACGCACUAUUCGCUGGGUAGACCGUUGUAUCUCAGCUCACGCCCGCAACGAUGACCAAUCGCUGUUUCCCAUUGUCCAGGGAGGAUUGGAUAUUCCUCUCAGAGAGCGAUGUGUAUUUGCUUUGAUGGAGCGCCAGGUGCGCGGCUUUGCUGUGGGCGGCUUGAGUGGCGGCGAGAGCAAACAUGACUUUUGGCGCAUGGUUGAUGUGUGCACCGAUCAUCUGCCCAAAGAGAAGCCACGUUACCUGAUGGGUGUGGGCUUUGCAGCCGAUCUUGUGGUCUGCGUCGCCCUCGGAAUCGAUAUGUUUGACUGCGUCUUUCCCACACGCACAGCUCGCUUUGGUUGCGCCUUGGUAGAUGGUGGACAGUUGAAUCUGAAACAGCAGAAGUAUAAAAAUGACAUGACGCCCAUUGAUGUUGAUUGUGGUUGCAACACCUGCAAGCGUUACACCCGCUCCUAUCUGCAUCACAUUGCCACCAAUGAGAACGUCUCCUGUUCGUUACUUAGCAUCCACAACGUUGCUUUUCAGCUGCGUCUGAUGAACUCCAUGCGGGAAGCGAUCCAACGGGAUGAGUUUCCGCAGUUUGUACGCGAUUUCAUGGACAGACAUUUUGUAGGCGAACCGAUUCCCACUUGGAUACGUGAAGCGUUGGCAGCUGUCAACAUUGAACUGCCCGAGGAUGCAGUGCAGCCAACAGAGGAGCAGGAGAAGCGGACGGAAAAGAGCAGAUGAUUCUAGUAGCUACUAAAUAAUAAUUCCUUUCAAUUUAUAUUUAUUGACUUGAUAAUUACACAAUAACUGUAAUUCAAAUAUCUAAUUGGAACUGAAGUCAAAUAGUAAGAGGAUGCAGUGCAGCAAGCAGUGGAACACACAAAGCAUGCUUGCAAUCGUAUUUGAAGAAAAUUUCAAUAGGAUAAUGCAGUACAGCAAGCAGAACAACACGCGAGUCAUCUUGCAUGGAAGCAUGCAGUUCAGAAAGCAGUGUAAGACGCCAAUGAUUGAAGUAGUCACAAUAUUAUUGACUUGGCGAUUACGCAAGAAAUGUUCUUUAAUUAUUUAAAGUUAUUGAAAGGGUAUUCAAGUGUCGCUUUGCUGCUUUGAGCUUUCACAAAGCUUUGUGCUGCUCACCUAUGGGAAAAAGCUUGACUGCCAUGACGCAUGCAAGAGACCAUCAAAAACCGCUUGAAGAUCAAUUCGUUUUUCGUCUUGUACUUUAUUUUCGCUUUCCAACCAUUUACACCUAUGUACACACAUGUUUAGCUAUUAACAGGUAUAUGUGUAUAUGUGCAGAAUGCGUCUCCAACAACAGCAACGUGUGGUUUACGGUGCUUUGCUCUCUUUGGCGCUCUCUUUGGCGCUUUUACACACGUCAGACAGAGACACAGAGAUCAGCAGACAGCAAGCAUUUGACAGCAUUGGCGGCUAGACGGGCGAUUGUCGACUGAAUGGCCAUUCAGUGAGUCUCAAAGCGUCGUCGUCGUCGUUGCUUGUCGGUGAUCGCUCGAACGUUGAACGUUUGUCGUUGUGUUUGCCUGUUGCGCUCUAGCGGUUUUUUGUCUACGCAUUUUACGGUAUAAUAUUUUGAGUGACUGUUAAGUUUUCUUUUUGAUAUAAUCGCGCAAAUUAUAAAUAAAAACAGAUUGAUAAUUUGAAACCGACAACCAAUU